AUGUGGCACCACAAGGCGACAUCGAGAAACACUGAUGACGUCGUGGAGGAUGUAAGAUUCCGUGGUGAAGCAGCGGGCGUGCGAGUCCAGAGCGGGCACUGGGCUGACGAAUGCCGAGUUGAUCGCAUUCCUGAGAUUCCCGACGCAGGUGACGUCGAUGAAUCCGGGCAGAACAGCGAAGGCCAAGUUGAGACUCCGUCGCUGGAAGAUUCGGGCACCCCGACGCCUGCGCCAACUGAGGAGAAAGAAAAAGACCUUCGCACUCGUUUGAACUGCAACCCCGAGUUCGGGAUUAAUCUUGCUCCUCUUCUCGUCGGCCUGUGCGCAGAUCCAUCGGUCAUCGAGAAGGAUGAGCCGUGGGACUACGACGCUAUCUUUCAGCAAGUGACAGAGGACCUUCUUCGGGAAUCUAUUGAAGAUAAUUCGCAAAAGGGAAGCGGCCAACAACAGGCGAAAUAA